ACUGAAGUAGCUGAAAUGAGAAAGAGGCAGCAGUCACAAAAUGAAGGAACAUCAGCUGUGUCUCAAGCACCUGGAAACCAAAGGCCCAACAACACAUGUUGCUUUUGUUGGUGCUGUUGCUGCAGCUGUUCAUGCCUCACUGUUAGGAAUGAAGAUAGAGGAGACAAUGCAGGAAGGCCAACACAUACAACCAAAUUGGAGAGUAUCCAGGUCAUAGAAGAAUGCCAAAACCCUACUGCAGAUGAAAUUUUGUCAUGGGCUCAGAAUUUUGACAAGAUGAUGAAAACACCAGCUGGGAGGAACCUUUUCAGAGAGUUUCUUAGAACGGAGUACAGUGAGGAGAACCUGCUUUUCUGGCUUGCAUGUGAAGAUCUAAAGAAGGAACAGAACAAGAAAGUUAUUGAAGAAAAAGCAAGACUUAUAUAUGAAGAUUACAUUUCUAUACUAUCACCAAAAGAGGUUAGUCUUGAUUCCCGGGUGAGAGAAGUGAUCAACAGAAACUUGUUGGAUCCCAGCCCCCACAUGUAUGAAGAUGCUCAGCUCCAGAUAUACACCUUGAUGCACAGAGACUCUUUUCCAAGGUUUUUGAACUCUCAGAUUUAUAAGUCUCUUGUUGAAAGUAUUACAGGCUCUACUUCUGAAACUUAG